CAAUAACAAUAACAAAGAAAAUGAAGGACGGUGGGAAAAAAAUCUUAAAAGCAGGAAACACUGGAAGGAGGGACACUGGAAGGAGUGACACCGCAGGACUGCAGAGAAGUUGCUGAGGAACAGCCUUGCUCAGGGAACAGACUAGAAGGAGGCAGGACGUGUAUUUUUCAGACAUAAAAGAACUGUCAAUCUGGACUCCUGUAUGCUAUGAAAAUAUCCGUUAGAAAGAAGAGGAAAUGCUGACACUCUCAGAUACCAGAAAAUGAAGGUUAAUUGUUUCCAGCAAGCUUCCUAAAUAAAGGGCAGAGGAAGGCCACAACCGAAGGAUAAGAAAAGAACUCUUGGAACAGACGGAAGGAAAAGAGGCUGCGGUAGGGAAAAUUAUGAGCAGUUACAACUUUCUGUCUCUUGGCUCAUAGACAUUUUGCAGGCUACUAAGGCACACACUGUGGACUGCUUAGCCCAGUGUCCAGUACCUCUAGAGGAAAUAGCCCAGAGGACUUAACUACAAAUGAGGGAGAGUAUUAUAAAUAGGCAUAAAACUUCUGCCCAUCAUUCAAAACGUUGAAGAGAUGAUUCUGAUGAUGUAAUUCUAUCUGUGUGAUAUAAUUCUGGGCCAGGAAGAUGCAGAUGCUUGUUACUAAGUCUUAUUGCCUGAUCCCCAGGGCCAAUGCGGUGGAGAAAAAGAAGCACCGUCCACUCACAUAAGAAAUGCAGGCAUUACAUGCUCAGCCCCAAAUACAUAAAAAAAAAAUAACGAUAUGAUGUGAUUCCUGGAGAAAGCAAUAAGAAAAAAAAUACAAAGAAACACACAUGAAAAAGUACUAAAAAUAAAAAAAUAUAGAAUUAUAAGAAAUGUUCAAGAAAACCCAGGACAGCAGAAAAAAAAAUAGAAAAUGAAAAAGAAAAACAGAAAACAAGGGGUUGGAGAGAUGGCUCAGCCUGCUCUUCCAGAGGUCCUGAGUUCAAAUCCCAGCAACCACAUGGUGACUCACAAUGGAAUCUGAUGCCCUCUUCUGGUGUGUCUGAAGAUAGCUACAGUGUACUUAUAUAUAAUAAAUAAAAAUAAAUAAAUCUUUUUUUAAAAAGCCUUUCUGGUGACGACCUCCCUACGAGAACAUGCCUCUCCAGAAGAGGAGAAGAGGAAACACAAGAAAAAGCGCUAGGUGCAGAGCCCCAAUUCCUACUUUAUGGAUGUGCAAUGCCCAGGAUGCUAUAAAAUCACCACAGGCUUUAGCCAUGCACCAACAGUAGUCUUGUGUGUUAGCUGUUCCACUAUGCUCUGUCAGCCUACAGGUAGAAAAGCAAGGCCGACAGAAGGAUGCUCCUUCAGGAGGAAGCAGCACUGAAAGUCCCUGAUUCAAGAUGAGUGGGAACCUUCCCAAUAAACACAUUUUGGAAAGAAAAAACCCAGAAAACAAACAAAACAGCAGAUUUAAUUACCUUAAGCAGAGACUGUCCAAAUACACCGAUUACAAGCAGAGAGUAGUAGAGUACAUUUUAAAGGCACAGUCCUGUAAUGUUGUGUAUACAAGAAAGUAACUUCAAAGGCGGAAUGAGGAGCGAGAGAAAUGGCUCAGUGGCUAAAAGUAGCUACUGCUCCUGCAGAGAACCUAAUUCAGUUCCACACACCCUGUGAGUAACUCCAGUUCUAGAGGGACUAAGACACCUGCACCCAUGCAAAUGCACCCACACCCAGACACAUUUUUUAAAAGGGCCUAUUGAAAGUAAAAGGAUAAGGGGACUGGAGAGAUGGCUCAGUGGUUAAGAGCACUGACUGCUCUUCCAGAGGUCUUGAGUUCAAUUCCCAGCAACCACAUGGUGGCUCACAACCAUCUGUAAUGGGAUCUGAUGCCCUCUUCUGGUGUGUCUGAAGAUAGCGACUGUGUACUCCCACAUGUUAAAUACCCUUUUUUUUAAAAAAGGGUAAAAGGAUGAAAAGUGAUAUAGAUUGCAAACAUUAAUUAAAAGAAAUUAUGACUGGUCAUAUGAGAUAAGAUAGAGUGUAGAGAAAGGAAAAUCACCCACAUCAAAGCGAGACCUUGUAUCAUGAUAAAAACAUCGAGACAGAAAACGGACGCGGCAUUUGUAAAUGUAUGUGCACCAGCCAACAGAGCAUCAAAACCAUGGGGAUGGGAACGCACUGGACCUGAAAGGAAGAAUAGACAACAGCAGUUUACCCACAGCUAAACAGAAAAUCUGCGAGACGACAGAGAAACGCAUCAUGACCAUCAUUCCCUAGAAUCCCAUCAACGUCUAUAGAACACUGUACCUGACAGCAGCACAAUGUGCCUCGAGAAUUCAGAGUAAAAAGCAAGCAGAGGAAAGGGAGUAAGAAAGAUGAGAGAAAAUUAAAUAAAAUUAAAAUAGUAAAACAGGGGUUGGGGAUUUAGCUCUGUGGUAGAGCGCUUACCUAGCAAGCACAAGGCCCUGGGUUUGGUCCUCAGCUCCAAAAAAAAUAAAAUAAAAUAGUAAAACAAGAUCAGUCAUGAUGGCUUCAUCUUAGGGCUUCAUGGGCUGAGACAGCCGAAUCUCUGAGUGAGAAGCCAGCCUGGUCGACAUAUUUCCGGGCCAGCCAGAGCUACACUGUGAGAUUCUGUGCCCAAAAGUAAGCAAGCAAACAAACAAAACAACAACUGCGCCACAAAAAAAAAUUAAAAAUAUUUUAAAAGCCAAUGAAACACAGAGUUGGUUCUGUGAAUUCAUCAGCAAGCUUGAUGAUGAAAUUCCAUUUAGAUGAACAAAGAAAAAAUGAAGAAAAAGAAGGGAACUGUGGUCAGUGUGAAAGCAGAAUGCUCGUGAAAGCCAGACAUGGCUGACCAAUAUCAAGAGUGGACUGGGGGGUGUCGCUACAGGCUACGUCAGCAUCAAAAAGCCUGAGAACUUUGGGGAGAACGCUACACACAUUGAUUUGACAACUAGAGCAAAUAGACAGAUGACCCAAAGAGGGGAACAUAAUUCCAACUUACCAAUAUGACAUUGGUAAUUCGAGGGGCAGGAGAGAUGACUCAGAAGUUAACAGCACUGGCUGCUCUUCAGAGGGGUUAGGUUGGUUCCCAGCACCCACGUGGUAGCUCACAGUGGUCUAAUUCCAGUCCCAAGGGACUGACACUCUCAUACACGCAGGCAAAAAGGCACAUAAACUAAAAAGAAAUUAUUUUUAAAAAUUAACAAUAGGCCAUUUGAUAUCUCUACCACUAUCAAGAGAAUCAAAUUUGUAAUUUAAAAACUCUCCCUAAAAUAAAUAUAGGUAGCUAUAUGGUCUCAUUGGAGAACUCUACCAAUUCUAUAUAGUAUCUUGAAAAAAAACAAAAACAAAAACAACCCCAAAAAACCAGAAUCAAGUUCCCAAUUUAUUUUCUGAAGCCAGAAAGACUAGACAAAGAUUGCACAAACAGGUUCUACAAACCAACACCCAUUGCACAUGUACCUGCAGAGAUAAGCAGCAAAAUAUUGUCACAUAGAACUGAGCAUAUAUGAAACAUACUAACAUAUAAAAAGAAUUAUGCAACUGAAAAGGUAGACUUUAUUCCAGGGGUGUAAGACUAGCUCUAAAACAAUUCGGUGUGAUCCACUAGCCUACUAGUUUAAAGAGGAAAAAUCACGGGUCACUGAGAUGGCUCAGGGGAUAAAGGCAGACAACAGUAAGCCUGAGGACCUGCGUCUAAACUCUGGGUCCUCCGGGGUGGAUGUGGGGGACCACCCUCUGCAAGUUGU